AUCAAACUCUAUCAGCCCACACUUCGGCCUUAGCCAUAUAUACACACACCCUCACGAACCCCAGUCCCCUUUCAGCUUUCCUCUUCGCUGUUGACGUUGCAGAUUUGAGCUUGAAAAGUAGAGUCAAUCUUCACUCUGAAGCCAUGGCUCUGAUUUUGCAUGCGGGGAAUCCAAACAAAAAUGCUUGGAAGGCACUUAUUGCUGCAGAAUAUUGUGGUGUCAAAGUUGAACUUGUAAAGGACUUUCAGAUGGGCGUUUCAAAUAAGACCCCUGAGUUUCUUGAGAUGAACCCCAUGGGAAAGGUUCCAGUGCUUGAAACCCCUGACGGUCCUAUUUUCGAGAGUAAUGCCAUAGCACGUUAUGUUACUAGAUUGAAUCUUGAAAAUUCUCUCUUUGGCUCUUCUCUAAUUGACUAUGGUCAUGUUGAGCAAUGGAUUGAUUUUGCAUCUCUGGAGAUAGAUGCAAAUAUUGGUAGAUGGUUAUAUCCUCGAUAUGGUUUUGCUGUGUACCUGCCUCCGGCCGAAGAAGCUGCAAUUGCUGCAUUAAAGAGAGCACUAGGAGCUCUAAAUAGCCAUCUUGCUUCAACCACAUACUUGGUGGGGCAUUCCAUUACACUUGCUGAUAUUGUCCUUACAUGCAACUUGGCACUGGGAUUUGGCCGAAUUUUGACCAAAAGUUUUACAUCUGAGUUUCCACAUGUGGAGAGAUAUUUUUGGACCUUGGUUAACCAACCAAACUUUUCUAAGAUAAUAGGCAAGCUGGAACAGGCAGAAUCUAUUCCACCUCUUCCUUCAGUAAAGAAGCCUGCUCAGCCUAAAGAAACUGCUAAAUCGAAGCCUAAAGAUGAGCCUAAUAAAGAAGCAGAAAAGCCUAAAGUUGAAGAGGCCCCUGAGGAAGAAGCACCAAAGCCAAAGGCUAAGAAUCCACUAGAUGCUUUGCCUCCUAGCAAAAUGAUACUAGAUGAAUGGAAGCGUCUGUACUCCAAUACCAAGACCAACUUCCGUGAGGUCGCUGUUAAAGGAUUUUGGGACAUGUAUGAUCCCGAGGGAUACUCUCUUUGGUUCUGUAACUACAAGUACAAUGAGGAAAAUACCGUCUCAUUUGUGACCAUGAAUAAGGUGGGAGGUUUCCUUCAACGCAUGGAUCUGGCUCGCAAGUAUGCAUUUGGAAAGAUGUUGGUGAUCGGAAAUCAGCCACCAUACAAGGUCCAGGGAUUGUGGCUUUUCCGCGGGAAAGAGAUUCCUCAAUUUGUUAUGGAUGAGUGUUACGAUAUGGAGCUGUACGAGUGGACCAAGGUAGAUAUCAAUGACGAAGCUCAAAAGGAGCGUGCAAGCCAAAUGAUAGAGGAUCAUGAGCCAUUUGAGGGUGAGGAUCUUUUGGACGCCAAGUGUUUCAAGUGAAACAUUCAAGUUAUGAAACGACCUCAGAAAUAUUUGAGGCCUGUUCUACUUUUGGUACCUAUUUUACAAUUUAAGGAGCUGGUAUUGUAUCAUGAUUUUCAAUGACUUUUAUUGACUUUUAAAAUCUAGGUGUAUUCAAUUAAGAUUUUUAAAUACUCUUUAAAAGUAAAGAGGUAUUGUAUCAGGAUUUCUAAAAAGUCUUUCAAAGUUUGAGGUAUUGAAUUACAA